AAGCCAUGCCGCUGGUGAAGAGAAACAUUGAGCCCAGGCACCUGUGCCGUGGGGUGCUGCCCGAUGGCAUCGGCAGUGAGCUGGAGUGUGUGAUGAACAACACACUCUCUGCCAUCAUACGCCAACUCAGCAGUCUAAUUUAAUAUGCAGAGACAAGUCAUUCGUCUUGACAAGUCAUGUUGAUUUACCCGAAAAGUGUAAACACUGUGGCUCUGUGGGGAAUUCAUCAUUGCUCUGAUAAUUUGAGUGGCCCAACAUGGCAACAUUGACUCAACCAGUGCUAUAAGUUUGGGACAGGUCUACCAAUACCAUGGCAGUAUGUUUUGGAAACCUGCCAUUAUUUUCAAUAGUGGUAAACAUGCUGAAGACAUAUUUGGAGAGCUCUUCAAUGAGGCAAACAUGUUCUGUUUGCGGACAAACUCUCUACAGGAUCGGAUUGACCGACUUGCCGUCAAGGUCACGCAGCUGGACUCCACCAUUGAGGAGGUCUCUCUUCAGGACAUAAACAUGAGGAAGGCUUUCAAAAGCUCUAUUAUACAGGACCAGCAGGUGGUGUCCAAGAGCAGUGUACCGAUCCCGGUGACAGAGAUGUACAACUUGAGUGACAAACCCCCACCUCUCAAUAUUCUCACACCCUACAGAGAUGAUGAUAAAGAGGGGCUAAAGUUCUACACUGAUCCCUCCUACUUCUUUGACCUUUGGAAGGAAAAGAUGCUACAGGACACAGAAGACAAGAGGAAAGAGAAGAGACGACAGAAGGAGCAGAGGCAAUGUGUGGAUGGCACGCUGCAGAGGGAGGUGAAGAAGGUGCGAAAGGCACGAAACCGCAGGCAGGAAUGGAACAUGAUGGCCUUUGAUAAGGAGCUGAGACCUGACCAUCGACAUUCUCACACGAUACACAGAGGAGGCUCCACUGAAGGCACCAUGUCCCCAGAGCAGAGGUUUCAUGGCCAAGAUCAUAUAGAUCAUGGUUAUCUCAGCAUGGCCAACCAUGCUGGCCAUGCCAACACUUAUUCUGGGCCUCCACCAAGUAUGGCAGCCCUGGCAGCUCAUUCCCAUAUGAACAUGGACCAGGAUUACAGGGCUGGAUCUAUGGCAUACCGGUCUGGAACACUAGGCCGUCCACAUCAGGCCCCACCCCCUCCCCCAUCAACAAACACAAUGAAUGGCUCCAUGUCACUUCCACCUGUCGACUACAGUGUGGAUUACAUAAAUUCUGGCCCCCCACCUCCACCACCAGGUGUUAUUCCAUCAGCACAAACUGCUUUUGCAAUGCCGCCCAUGGGCCCAGUUCUGCCUUCAGGCCAUCUCGGACCAAUGGGAGCUGGCUAUGCCCCAUCUAUCCCACCUACCUCUGGAAUAACAGCUGCUCCUCCUCCACCAGUAGCCCCACCCCCUCCUCCCAGUGCAAGCCAAUCAAUCACUCCCAAAUGGCCCUCUGUGCCUAAUGAAUCCCAGCCCACAAACGAUGCUCGCAGCGACCUGCUUGCAGCUAUAAGAAUGGGUAUUCAGCUGAAAAAAGUUCAAGAGCAGCAGGAGCAGCAGGCAAAACGAGAGCCGGUGGGCAAUGAUGUUGCCACCAUCUUGUCUCGACGCAUAGCUGUGGAAUACAGUGAAUCUGAGGACGAAUCUGAGCUAGAGGACAACGAAUGUAAUCUGGCCUGGCCACUGAGGGGCCACAGUCACCAAGAAUGAGUCAUCACCACCAAGGCUUCAUUCUAAGAAAGAGGCAUCCAAUCAAAUCGCAGCAGGCUGAUGAGGGCUGGCAUCUUACCUCUACGAUGUCAUCAUCAAACAGCAGCCAGAAAUCAUGACUCUUUACAAUAGCGAUGUAGUGUCCUCUGUUUGGACCGCUGUAAGAAAAACAUACAGAUAACCUACAAACCAGGCAAUAAUGGUUCUCUUACUUUGCAAGGACUAUUUUUUUCAAAAGACUGUCUGUGAGUGAUUGUAUUCAUUAUUGUGAAAUCAGUGAAGACAGGAGGAGGAAUUAUACAUUA